GAGACCCAGGUCCUGACUGACGGUGGAGAAGCAGAUUGACUCUUCGGGCGGUGGACGGACUUUUUCACUCAUCUGCCCAGUCUUUUGAUUAUAAGUAGGUUGGGCUUCCAAAAUGAAGGAAUUUUCACAGACGAGUGUAACCCCUUUUUUCUUACACUUGUAUCAAAAAAACGUCUCGUCAUUUAUACUGAGAGACUCUGACCGAAACGUGUGCAUGACUUCUGACGACAAGGCAUCAACGACGACGAACUGUUGAUCCUAGCUUACACCAACAAGGACACUCAUCAAGUUAUCGUUUCAAAUACUGAACCGACUGGGUUUUUGAUUUCACUUGACCCAAGCCACCACGAACUACGAAACAGAAGAAAAACGUUUCAGUCAGCUUCAAAACUGUCGACCACCAACGACUGAAGACGGUAUUGAGAUUUUGGCCUGGAAGUUGGGUGGAAUCGAACAACAUACCGAAAGCGAAAACCACGGACGAUAGCGGAACCUGGCCGAGAAGGGGGGGGAAAAAGAAGGGAAGGAAAUCAGACAGAGAGUAAAAAACCUGUCAAUACCGCCAAGACGGAAACGGCCUGACGUCUACAAGGGCUGUACGCGUAUCCGGUGUGAGCAUUUCACCGGACGACAUCAGAACGAGACGAAAAGGGAACGUCUCGAAGAAACGAAACGAGCAGUCCGAACAUUGAAGCGUUGCGUUCCCGAGCACGUGGUCGAAACACUCUUAUACCCUGCUCAGGCUAAAGUCUCUCAAGGAGAUCAAAAAGUAAGGAACACCUCGUUACAGGAAGAAAGCAAAAGCAAAAGCAAAAGCAGAAAACGGGCAGGUUCAAGGUGUGUGAGGUCAUCUUGCCCGUUUGUUAGGUUAUCGGCAUCGUCGGGACAAGCUCUGCAGUCCGCACCACCCGUCCGUCGUCCGUCGGAUUUGAGGCUUUGUCCUUGCAGCAGGGCUGGCGCUGGAAAGGGACUAGUUUGGCCCGGCUUGACACCCACCACCUCCCGCACAAGCCCACCGCUUCCCGAUCCCGCCAAGGGGAGCCUCUCAGCGGACUCACCUCAGCUCUCAAGGUGGUGACACCAGACUCCACUGAUUGGACCACAAGCUCCACAACCCAACCUUAUCGCUUAUCUUAUCGGAACAUUAGUGAUGCCGUUUUCCGAGAUCUUCAAGCUGAACCCCGGCACGCCGGCCAGGGUUUGGCGCUGGAGCGCGGGACGUCCCCAACCUGGGACGCCGAUUGAUGACAUCGAGCAACCGAGCACUCCGCCAGCUAGAGGUGGUGUCUACCUCCCGAGCAUAGACAAUUCUGCGACAACCGAAGAUCAUGGAGCCUCCACCGGCCUCUUCUUCCGCAAGAUCUCAACCUCACCCCAGCCCUCUUCACCAACAGCAACAACACAUUCGAAAUUAAGAAGGAGAACCUGCCACCUCGGCUUCGUCAGAUUCUCGUCCUUUAGAAUGUUUCUCAUACUGUCCCUCGUCUUCCUCGGCGGCUACGUCCACUACUUGUGGAAAGCAGAGGCUGCUCUCGGUGUCCCCUGGGUGCCCGACCCGGAAGCUCAGCUGUUCCAGCAGCGGCCCCUCCUACCUCCAGCACAGGAGACCAGCAUCGACACGUACUCGCUGCCGCUGCACACAAAGGGCCGGGACAUUGUCGACGAGGAGGGACGUCGCUUCAAGCUCCUGUCCGUCAAUUGGUACGGUGCCAGCGACGAGCUCAACAUCCCCGGCGGACUCGACGUCCAGCAUCGCGAUGUCAUUGCGCAGACCAUUCGCGGCCUGGGCUUCAACAGCGUCCGCCUGCCCUACAGCGACGAGAUGGUCAUCACCGACCCCCCGAUCCCGGCCGAGCUGGUCGCUGCCAACCCGGACCUGAUUGGUCUCAAGGCACUCGACAUAUUCGAGGCCUGCGUGACGGCGCUGACGGACGCGGGCAUCGCCGUCAUCGUCAACAACCACAUCACGCACUCGACCUGGUGCUGCGGUGCCGACCCCUGCGACGCCCACUGGGCCAACGACCACCUCGGCCCGCUGUGCCGCAUCAAGCAGACCGAGGAGGACUGGAUCCAGCACUGGGAGAAGAUCAUGCUCCGCCUCGUCGACAACCCGGGCGUCAUCGGCGUCGACCUGCGGAACGAGGUGCGCGGCGUGUGGGGCACAAUGACCUGGGACAAGUGGGCCACGGCGGCCGAGAAGGCCGGCAACAGGCUGCUGGAGAUGAACAAGGACUGGCUCGUCAUCGUCGGCGGCACCGAGUCCGGCAACGACCUCACCGGCGUCGCGAAGCGGCCCGUCGUGCUCGACGUGCCCGACCGCGUCGUCUACUCGGCCCACGUGUACGCCUGGUCCGGCUGGGGCAGCCUCGAGGGCCGAUACUCGAAGCGGGCGUACGCCUCCUUUGUGAAGGCCAUGCGGCACAACUGGGCUUACCUCGUCGAGGGUGACGUCGCGCCCGUGUGGGUGGGCGAGUUUGGCGCACCGCACCAGCCCAGCAUCGGCGACGCGAAUUACUGGAACAACCUGCUGCGCUACCUCAAGGUCAUUGACGCCGAUUUCGGGUACUGGGCCGUCAACCCGCGCAAGCCAAAGGAUAACGUCAAGGAGACGUAUGCGCUCGUCGAGGACGACUGGGUCACGCCCGUGCUGGACUACCGGAUGAAGGACAUGGUUGAGAUUAUGAGGGCGUAGUGCGCUCCGCAGUUUUGGCUGGAUGGUGAACAGGUGUGCCUGCUAGAGUCGCGCAUUGAGGAGCUCUUGGCGACGAUGUGUAUUUGAUGACACGAGUGACGGAAAAUGUUUCCCCCCCUUUUUUUACCACUCCCCCCUAAUGGCGUUUUAUGGAAUGGUUCUUACUAUAGGCACUUUGGUUUUUUUUACUCUGGGAGUGCCAGCUUCGGAUACCCGGCUUUGGUCAGGCACGAGCUAGACGGUCACUGACGAUCAUGUCAUAAAAACUGGCGAAGAAGCCAAACGUUGGGAUUAGGAUGACAAUUUUGAUGUAAGCAAUUGGAUUCAUGAAUGGCCAUGCAGUCAAUGAAUGAGGAGUUCCUUGGAUG